UCCUCUGGUGUUGCGAUCUGCUGGAGCUCCGCCCCCUCUCAGCCUCGAGCCGAGGUGACUCUCGGCCAGAUCUGCGGCGGACGCCGCGACCGCCGGCCCGACGUGACCUCAGCCGCGAACAUAGGAAACACCAAGGUCGGCAGCGAAGCCGGCGGGUGAAUGAUCCGCCGCAGGUUCACUCUAGUGCAGGUGUUUGGAGAUAAGAGCGGCGCAUCAGGCGAGCAGGUUACGUAACGCGGCGCUCAGGCCGCUGCAUAUAUAUAGAGCAGCAGUGGAGCCAGCGGCCGCAGCGCAGCAACAUGGUCGACGCCAGGGUCCACAGGAAGAGCCUGCCGCUGGCCCUCAAGAGGUACAGCGCCAUCAUCGGCCUCAUGGAGCAGACGGUCCUGCUGCCCAGCCUGCUGAGGGACGUCCCCUGGGACGGCUCCGGCUCGGAACCCGAGGCCGGCCGGGACCUGUACGACACCUUCCUGAUGCUGAAGGCCGUCAGGAACACGGUGGAGAGCGGCCUGGUGCCUCUGGAGGAGCAGGCCGCCACGAGCAAGACGCUGGAGACGCUGCUGGACUCGGACCCCGAGCGGCUCUUCCGCUUCCACCUGAGAGGACUCUUCUCCGUCAUGAGCACGCUGACCGACGCCAGCCGGAGCCUGACGCAGCGCUACAUGGACAUCAUCGGCUUCUCCGAGUAGAGGACACGUCACGUCACGUCGGCAGAGCCCCAAUAAAAGCUGGCGCAGACUCACUGGCGUCUCUUCAGAACACAUUUAUUAUUUACA